AUGAAGCACGAGCUACAGACACCUAUUGAAGGAGUGGAUCCCUUGGAUCCUCUUCAUAAUCCGGAUUUAUGGCAGCCUUCUCCAUCUUUUGACAAUAUGAUGGCUUCGCCGAAGACUUCGCCCAUCGGUUCUGGACUGUCCCAUACACCGGCGGCUCACCAUGUUGGCUCGAAUUUAUCCUCGAGUAAUAAUAGCGAAGUCUCUUAUAACAAUGCGUUGAGUGAAAACGCGAUAGAAGCUCUUCGGAGACAGCAAGACCAGAAUAAAUUGAUUCAUUUGGAUCCGAUCCCUGACUUCAAAGAUAAGAGUGAAGUUAAACCGUGGUUACAGAAGAUUUUUUAUCCACAGGGGAUUGAGAUCGUCAUUGAACGGUCGGAUAGCAUGAAGAUCGUGUUCAAAUGUAAAGCUGUUAAAAAGAAUAGAAAUACUUCGUCUAUAUCCGGGUGUGGUCACAGCCACGGCGUUGGUAGCGAUAGUUGUAACACUAAUGGGAAGAACAGUACUAAGGGUAAUGGUAGUAAUGAUAAUAAGUGUAGGAAAAAGGGAAUCGGGAAGGGUUUUGCCGAAUGUGAUGGUCUUGAAACAGAGACAGAAAACGGUAAUAAUAGUAACAGUACUGUCGGUGGUGGAAAUGGUAGUAACGAUACAGACAAGAAGAAACGUGCCAUCGGACCGUACAAUUCAUGUCCCUUCAGAGUGCGAGCCACGUUCUCUUUGAAGAGAAAGAAGUGGAACAUCGUCGUUGUCAAUAACGUACACACCCAUCCGUUGAAGUUUAACCCCGAUAGUGAAGAUUAUAAAAAGUUUAAGAAUGCUCUAAAGGAAAGCGGAGACCUUGAAACCGUUAAAAAGUUCGAUGAAUUGGAGUACAGAACAAGGUUUAACUUGCCCAUUGAUCUUAGUCCCAUCCCCUGUGAUUGUGGUCUUACUCAGGAAAUUCAAUCCUUCAAUAUCGUUUUGCCUACAACAAAUAUCAUCGUACCUGGGUCAAGGAAUACUUCCAUGGAUGCCAAUACAGUAACAAAACCAAAGAAGACCGGUAAAAAAGCUGUCAAGAGUAAGACUACAAAACAGCUGAGACGUAAAAGCACAAAGAAAAAGUUACAACAAGAUAUAGAGAGCAAUAGUGCAAACACUUCGAGAACAGCAACUCCGCUAAGUACUGUGCAGAAUUCGUUGAAUUUACAGUUCGAUUCCCAAUCAAAUGUUUCAGUAGCUCCAUCUGUGACUUCUAACCUGAAUUCAAACUUGGCCCUAACGCCUCAAGAGAAUAUUUACUCAACUGAUUUCUUGCCGAAUACUGCUUCUUCGCAACAGAUGGAUUCACCUAACUUCUCAAACUUCAACUCGAACUAUUUCAACGUGCAAAAUGAAAUUGACUUCACGGAGUUCUUCAGUAAACCUUUGCCUCACUUCAAAAAUAAUCGACAUGAUGUGGUUACAGGCCAAGGCAUGAUUCCACUUACAUUUUCCCAGAAACACCAAACGAGUUCUCAAAGUGCUCAACAUACCCCUCACCAAAACAUCAACAGUAAUCUAAUGUACCAUAAUGCUGGUUCUGCAUCUUCUACGCAUUCGUCCCCAAAUAUGAGUAUAAUGACGUCUGUAAAGACUCCCAUUACAACGGCUACUCCCAGUACAAACUCUCACAAUAUGAACGCGAUCAGUUCUGUGCCACUUUAUUCGUCCAACUUGGCCAAGGAGCCUAUACAAGAUUUCAUUGACAUGAACCAAAUAUUUGGUACUUCAACCAAUAAUAAUGACCAUUCUAAUGCUAAUACUUCAUCCGUUAAUACUAAUAAUAACCAUCUUCAUCAACAACAUAAUACUAGUCAUGCUAAUGCCAUGAUACCUUCGCAUUCACUAAAUUUCCAACAUUCCAAUCUAUCGCCAGUAAAUCAGAACAUUAGUGCAGUAUGCGAAAUUAACAACUUUGACGUAUGUGCUAAUGACCCUCAAUGUGGUGGUCCUCUCAUUGGUACUGCUACUGGUAUUCAUGGACUCAAUAUAGAUCGUUCAAACAUGGAGAUCGCUAAUGGUAUCAGCCAAUCAAACGAUGCGACGGGCUACAUGGAUCCUCUGCAUACAAAGCCAGAUUAUGAUGCUCAAUCACAGGAAUACAUUUCUAAUGUAUUAAACUCUGACUUCAACGAACUGCGAUUAUCACAAAGUCAACAUAAUCAAGGAGAGCAACACCAUCAACAACAUAUGCAGCAGCAACGCCGCCACCAGCAUCAGAUGCAAAAUCAACAGCAACAGCAAAUGCAACAGCAACAGCAACAGCAACAACUUCAUGAUCAGCACAACCCUCUACAUGAGAUUUUACCUUUGAAAGAGGAAGAGAUUGAAGAGCUCGUUGCGAAUUCGGAGUACAAUUAUCACCUACAGUUUAAUAAUGAUCUUGACCAACCGCAGCAAGCUACGCAUAAUCCACAAAUGCUUUGGGAUGAACCUCACGGCUUUUUUCAAUGA